CAACCUCGUCCUCCCUUCAAUAUUAGUUGAGGGUGCGUGCGACGUGCAAUCAAACGAGAAGGACGAAUUUUUAGCGUUUCUUCCUCUCCUUCCCUAUCUGUUCUAGCGAUUCACGUCAAUGGACGCUUCAUCCUGAUCCAAAUUAAAAACCCUAGAAAAGAAUAUCAAAACUUUGCAUCUCUGAAUUCAUCGGAUUGGAGCUGAUCUCGGUUUUGAUCUCAGAUCUGAUGGCCUGCUGAUGGUGAAGGGAGAAUCUAGGGUUUGUGCUUCAUAAGAUUUUUCUAGAUAUGGGUGCCGGCGAUCCUUCUUCAUCCAAUGGUGUGUUGGUUUCUGAACUUCGUGAGAAGCAUCGGCUGGAUCUGGAAAAAUUGACGUUGACCACUCAACCUUUCAGAACAUUCAAGUUUUUCAUAUUUGCCUGUACAUUAUACGUGAAACGCUCUGUCCUAUAUAUUUUGACGAAAGGUGUUUGGUUUACGAUCUUAACUGUCCUCUUUCUAUCUUUUGGACUACUUCUUAUAGCUACUGAUGGUCCUCAUGAAAAGCAUGUUCAGGAGUUCCUUUCUUACUCCAAGUUUGCACUGUGGUGGGUGGCCCUUGGUGUGGCAUCGUCAAUUGGACUGGGAUCUGGUUUGCACACAUUUGUUCUAUAUCUUGGUCCCCAUAUUGCACUCUUUACAAUCAAAGCUGUCCAAUGCGGUCGAAUUGAUCUAAAAACUGCUCCAUAUGAUACCAUACAGCUGAAAAGAGCACCUUCUUGGCUUGAGAAAGAUUGUGCAGCAUUUGGACCCCCAGUAUUUACAUCAGCCCCUGGUUCAAUAGUCAACAUUCCACUCAGCAAGCUGCUUCCUCAGGUUCAGCUGGAGGCCAUUCUUUGGGGCAUAGGAACUGCACUUGGGGAGCUUCCACCUUAUUUCAUAUCAAGGGCAGGUAUUUGGCCUUUCAUGUAAUCUUCUGUAAAUCUGCUGGUUCUCUAUCUGUGGAGGAGAUUGCAUUUAUUGGUAGCAUAUAAAUGGAGCUUUACCUGGAAUGAUUUUAUGUUAAAUGGUGUGCAUAUAGUUUAGCACUUGCAACAAAACACAACUUUUGCCCGUAGAAAGCAUUCUCUCCUCUUGCUUGUAUAACUUCUUGGUUGUUUUGCUUUUCUUUCCCCCAGUUUGUUCAAAUGUGAUAGAUGUGUGGGAUAUUGUCUGUAGAAGUUUAGUUUUUCACAAUGACAUUGUAGCAUGUCCCAAAAUUUUGAGAAACAAUGGAGUUAUACUUGGAAGGAUUUCAUAGCAAAAUGGUGUGCGUAUAUUAGCAUUUUUAUCAAGACAAGUUUUGUUCGUAGAAAAUAUAAUAUCUUGACGAUAUGUGUUAACUUCUUGGUUGUUUUCUUUAUCCUCCCAACUUGUUUGGUGAGUUGUUACCAAAUUCUAUAAAUGGGUGGAAUAUUUACGUUAGAAAAUUAGUUUUAGCAAUGACACCAUUGCAUUUUCCCAAAAUUUGAGAAACACUCAAUAUUUUUGGGCAUUGGGUUUAUUUUUGAGGACACUGAUACAAGAUGCAUAAAAAAAUCACGCGACUCUCAUCUUAUAUUGUGUAAGAAACGGAGAUACUGUUUAGCAGGAGCAGCAAUAAAUAUGUUUUGAAGAGACUUUUUAAACAAGAACAUUUUGACAAAAACUACUGAUACUGAUCUGAUGAAUAUGAAGACCUUAAACAACUAAAUAGUGAAUGAAGAAAUGAAUUAAGAAUAUUUUUUAAACAUCAUAUCCAAUAUAUUUAAUAUGUACCAUAAUCCAUUGAAUAAAAUUUUCUAUGAUUUUCUAGUUACAUAAUACAUGUCUACUUCUUACUUCUCUGUAGUAACUCUAUACUAGCUCCAAUAAAUUAUUUUAUGUUAAAAUUUAACACAUGACGCUGAGUAUCACACACAUAUACACAUAUAUUCAUAUGAAUCAAACAUAUAUGCAUUUUCCUUUUUUUUUCUAAGGCCAUGUAUGAUGUAUCUCAUGUUUGUAUCAUGUAUCAUGUUCCAUUUUCGUGCCAUAUUGGUAAAUGUGAUCUGGUCUGUAAUUUUAAUCAAGAGGGAUAGGGAGAGCACCUUAUAAUGGUGAAACGGCCAACAUGAGCAGGGGGAUUCCUUCACGUGAUGUAGAAAAGAGUUACCAAUUAAAACGGUGGAAAUGCCUAUUCUCCAUGUACACAUUUUUGGAAAAAAUGGGGGCAUCAAAGUUAUCAUAUAUUAUCCAAGUUGAAAGUGGAAUUUGUGAACCUUACAUUUUGUGAUUCCUACAAUGAAAUCUACCAACCAAAUGUUUAUUAGUAUUUUCUUCGACACCUGACAGAUUCAUUUUCUUUCUUUUCAAGCUUUGCAAGUUUUUAAGCAUCCCUCUGUAUAUGAGGCCAGCUUAAAUCCUCAUUAGCAUAAAAAUUGUAACAAUGGCUUUUUCACCUGCUUUGUUCUUUGCAUUGAGUGAUCAUGAUUCAUUUGUAUAUAAAGAGAAUGUUUACAUCCAAGAUGUGCAUGAUUCGAUGUGGCAUUAGAAUUUCACAUAUUGACAAAGUUAUUAAUAAUUCAACUAGCGUUGGCGUUUCACCUUUUUACACUCACCAUAGAAGGAAAGCUUUUCCAUAGUUACUAGCUUUUUUGUUUAAUUUAUAGUUUGAACUUUGGGUGUGCUUCUUCCUUCAUGCGCUAGAUACUGAAAUUUACAAAUACACACUACUUCAAUUUCAAGUAAGUUAAUUAUAUCUCAUUACAGUCCAUAAAAAUAAUUUGGCUAAGUUAGAAAACAUACAUGUUGCCUUUAAUCCUUCAUAUUUAACUUAUAGUUUUUUUCCCCAGAGUGAAUGUCCUUUUGCACCAGAGUAUUGGUUUUGUCUGUGAAAUAUAUCUCUCAUCCAGUAUGGUUAUAGUUUUAUUCCCCAGAGUGAAUGUCCUUUUGCACCAGAGUAUUGGUUUUGUCUGUGAAAUAUCUCUCUCAUCCAGUAUGGUGCUGUUGAGCUUGCUAUUUACUUCAUCUUGGCACUUAUGCUGUCUGACAUGUGUCCGUGCUUUUGACCCUUGAAUGAGUAGAUGUAUAAUAUGGAGUAUGCCAUGCUUUACAUCACUUUCUCAGUAAUUUGAAA